ACGACUGAGCUGCCCAGGAGGCAUGAGCACUUCCAAGCUCUAUACCUUAGUGCUGGUGCUGCAGCCCCAGCGGGUCCUCCUGGGCAUGAAGAAGCGGGGCUUCGGCAUGGGCCGCUGGAAUGGCUUUGGGGGGGAAGUGGAAGAAGGAGAGACCAUCGAGGAUGGGGCCAGAAGGGAGUUACAGGAAGAGAGUGGUCUGACAGCAGAGAUGCUGCACAAAGUGGGGAAAAUCGUGUUCGAGUUUGUGGGCAUCCCCGAGCUAAUGGAAGUGCAUAUCUUCUAUACAGAAAGUGUACAGGGGACACCUGUGGAGAGUGAUGAAAUGCGACCUCAGUGGUUCGCCCAGGACCAAAUCCCCUUCCGUGACAUGUGGCCCGAUGACAGCUACUGGUUCCCGCUCCUGUUCCAGAGGAAGAAGUUCCGCGGCUACUUCAAGUUCCAGGACCAGGACACUAUCCUGGACUAUUCGCUACAUGAGGUGGACCAAGUUUAGCGCUGAGCCUACUGGUGGCCAGGAGAGGGCGCCUUGGCAGCAGCUCUCCUGUCCACGUGCUCACAAGGCCAGCCUCAUGAGGUGUCAGAGGUGACUGGAUGCAAGGGAGGGCCUUCAGCAGUGUGGCUUGUCCUGUCCCCAGGGAGCUGCCUGUCGUGCCGCUGUCACACAGAACACUGGACACAGGUGGGAGGGACUGGGUAAAGGAGGGCCUGCCAUAUGACCUACUGUCCUUUUAUUGCCACUCCCCACUUUGUGAUUCCUACCCUUUCCCAGUGGGGAAACAGACAAACAAGAGUCAAAAGCCAUGGGGCUGGGAAGGUGGCUCAGUGGUAGAGCGCUUGGCUCGCAUGUAUGAGACCCUGGGUUCGAUUCCUCAG